AUGAGACGAGCUCAGGAUAUUCGAAGUGAUGCCCGGAUUAAAAGGUGCAAGACUGACGGUUCAGAAGGAUUGAAUCAUCAACAUGCGGACCUGAGUGACAAACAAUACACUCAGGGCCCACUUGAUGAGAUAUUUGGACAGCAUUCAGCAUUCCCAGUGGAGCUUGAUGGAGAUGAAGAAAGUAACGAAGUGAUGCAAUAUCUUGCUUCAGUGCGGAAUGAAGCCGAAUUAGAUACCCCUGUACAUUUUGUAAAGCGAUCCAAGGAGAAAACUAAAGAUGAUACAAUUGUAAAACAAUCGAAUGAACAGAACUCUACGAUUGAUUAUAAUACUACAAGCACUAUUCCUGAUGAAAUAAAUUGGCAAGAAAACUUACUCUCUACAUUUUUAUCGUUGAAGGAAGAAGUUCAAAUACAAACUAUUCUUCCUAAUUCAGCAACAUCUCAACCACUCCCAUCAUCAGCUUCUGCCUGGAGAGAACUAAUUUUUACCUCCAAGGAACCACCCACAGUCCGGUUUUUCUUUACAGAAUUGGACCACUCUACGACCAUCAAACUACUUAUCUACAGCACCCAAUGGCUCAGUACAAACACUCCAUCGAUGUUAUCUCGUUGGAUAUACAUGUUAUUUCUUCGCUUAGAUAAUCUUCUUGAUCAUAAUGAAUGCGCAAUUGUUCGCAGUUUGGCUCAAAAGGCUAUUAAAUUACGUACCAAGCCAAAUUUAAGUCCUAUUUCUCGUUACACUAUCGAUAUGAUCAUUACAAUCGUGGGCAAGUACUAUCAUCAAAAAGAUCUUUUAGAAAUAUUUCAAACUUCAAAUGAUCAAUUAAAUAUUUAA